AAGCCACGUGACCAACUGACUUACCUGUCAAUGGCGUCGCGAGUUCAGUUGAAGUGUUUCACCUGUAAUUUGCCAACUUUUAAAACUAAACAAAACAACCGGAAUAGGUCACCAGCUACACCAACAAGUUGUCUCCCGACCCCGUUCCCCCCAUCAUAAUUAUCGCCAUUACCUUUAGUUUUUAAUUAAUUUCCGUCAACACCUUUGAAACUUUUAACCAGGAAAGAAAAGACACUCCCAAACUAAGCUGCGACCAGAGAACGAGGAAAAAUGGGCCACAAAAGAUGGCAUAUAAUUCUUGACUGGAUCCUCUUACAUAUUCUCGUCUUCUCUUGGUGUCCAUCGACUUGUUGGGCUGAAAUUGUGAAAUGCAAUGAACCAUAUGGCAGAUAUGAAUUGGACAAGCGUCACGUCAUGACCCACACCACCUACGGAACUGUUGAAGGUUUCUCUAUACCUGUUCAUAACACGCUUCUCAAAGACAGACGAGUGAACGUCUUUCUUGGCAUUCCUUAUGCCAGAAGACCCACCGACAAGGACCACAAAGAAUAUCGCUUCAGGAUUCCCGACGAACCAGAAUGGGAUGGUUUGUGGAAGGCUACGAAAUUCGGCCCUGCCUGUCCACAGGCUCCAUGGUACGCCCGUGAAACUAUCCCUGACUUUCAUGAGAUGGAUGAAGACUGCCUUUACUUGAAUAUUUAUGCUCCAAAUGCUUCAUCACAACAAGGUACCACGCAUCAAGAUGGCUGGGGCCAAAUCAACAGGCCACUUUACCCUGUCCUUGUGUUUAUCCAUGGUGGGGGAUAUGUCAUGGGAACAUCUCAGCAAUUCCCUGGUUUGUUCUUGGCUGAACGCAAUGUUGUUGUCGUCACAAUGAACUAUCGACUGAAUGCCCUCGGUUUCUUGAGUACCGAAGACCAAUUGGCAGCUGGGAACUAUGGACUGUGGGACCAGGUGCGUGCACUGCUUUUCAUCAAGAAUAACAUUAGGAACUUCCAAGGCGACUCGAACAAGAUCACCAUUGCUGGUCAUGAUGCAGGAGCAGCAAGUGUCGGAAUACAUUUGCUCUCACCUCAGUCACAAAAACUGUUUGAUUAUGCUAUUAUGAUGAGUGGCUCUGAUCGUAAUGUGUGGGCCGUGAAGAGUGAAGGCAGCGCAUCCCACUAUGCCUACAACCUGGGAUUGAACCUAGGAUGCCCAACCAAUGACAAUUACCGUCUAAUCAAGUGUCUCCGCCAGCGCUCAGCUAUGGAAAUCGUUAAUGCUUCUUCCUGGAUUCGUAUGAAGCCCGGAGAAGUUGGCAAUCCAUGGGGUCCCGUGGUUGAUGGUGCCCUGCAGGGCAACAUCCGCUCAAUCCUUCCCAGACCUCCCAAGGAAAUGAGGGAACAGAGAAGGUUUCAAAGGAUCAAAGUUUUGGCAGGAAUCGUUGAAGACGAAGGAGCAUAUUUCAUACCCAAUUAUUUUGGACUUGAAGACGGAAUACAACCGGCCGAGUUUCAAAACCUUAUUUACGAAUUUGUGGUGGAGAGGAACGCAACCAAUCAAGAGAGGGCCUUGGAGAGCCUGGAAUUUGAAUACACUUACUAUGAAGAUCCCAAAAAUAUAACUGGUAUUCGGAACCGUUCUAUUGCACUGAUGUCCGACUAUAUGUUUGGAGCUGGUGUCGAUGAAGUUGUGAAAUACCAUGCGAGAUAUAACUAUACCUACUUCUAUGUCUUCAAAUACAAGUCACAUUAUGAUUAUCUUCCACCAUGGAGAGGAGUUGCUCACGGUCAGGAAUUGCAGUAUGUGUUCGGCUUCCCUUACUUCUCCCGGUGCUACAGUAAGAUCACUGGAGUCUACCCACGCCAAGACUACUCAGUGCACGACAUUGAAAUGAGUAAUUACAUGAUGACAGUGUUCACCAACUUCACUCUACAUGGGGCCCCAACUCCAUCCAGAGAUGAUCUCAAAUAUUUCCGGGAUGUUUUCUGGCCUCCGUUCCGAUGGAACAAUCAGAGCUAUAUGAUCAUUGACAACCAUACAAGAGUAAGCUUCCAAUAUCGACAGCAGGAAUACAUGUUCUGGACGGAUUAUUUCCCUAAAGUCUCCUUAAAAUUUUGCCAAGGAUCGCCUGUUGUCAAGAUAGAAUCUGAAAAGAUGACCACCUUCAUGAAGACCACCUGGGCACUAGUUGUGAUCAACGCCAUUCUUCUCAUCAUCCUCUUGGCUUUUGCGAUCACCAUUUGCCGGCUACAUCGGCAAAAGGAUUUCUGAAACUACUAAAUGUUGCAUUUUGGCAGCGAAAUGUCCCUCUCAAAUCAUACCCUGCUAGCUAUAAGGACCCCCACCCCGCCAGAAAAAAAGGGGGGAAUUGAACAAUAUCUUAGAUAAACAAGAAAAACAUGGGCUGGUCACAUCUUGAUUGUCUGUGGAUAAUGUUGAUAAUAACAACAAUUAUCCAUGUAUUUAUUUUGUUGACCAAUCUUCCGUACCAUAUACACUUGCUUUCCUUGAGAAAGUUUUCUACUGUGACAGGUUUAGCUGACUGUCCAGUUGUCCAGUUGGUCACUUCCGAAACAGUGUAACAUCUUGUGAAUAUAAUUCUUUCUUUUCAAUCCAGAUGAAAAAAAAAAAAAAAAUUCAAAACCUGGAAUCGGUAUAAUAAUAAUAA